GACAGUAGCUCAAGUGGAUUAAAUAAUUUAAUUAUUAUGAAGAAAAGAGUAAUACUUCUUGAAGGCAAUGUCAAAGGCAUUAAGGCUCGAACGGUUUUGUGGUAUUUGGCAUUCUUUGGAUUUGCAAUUAACACAAUCGUUAGAAUUAAUUCAAGUAUUGCAAUUGUUGACAUGAUUGAUGUUAACCUCAAGAAAUCUACAAAUGUAAAUAAGACAGUUGCUGUGUCGGAGUGUUUAGCAAAAGAUGAUAAAGGUGCACAAAAUGGUACAAUCAGCAUUAUUUCAAAUAUUAAGCUAGUAAACACCACAAGAUAUGUGUCAAUGGAGCGAAAAAUUUUAGAUUAUUUUGAGAUCGAAUAUGAACGCGAUGGAUUCAAAUGGAAUGAACAUAAGCAAGGAAUGUAUUUGGGAUCAUUUUACUGGCUUCAUUGGAUGUCACAAAUCCCAGGUGGAAUAUUAGCAACAAAAUUCGGAACUAAAACAAUUUUUGGGCUUGCAAACUUCAUUCCAUGUGCAUUGUGCUUACUUACACCGAUUGUCAGCUAUUUAGACUAUAAAGUGCUUGUUAUUUUGAGGAUUACUUCUGGUGUAUGCACUGGUCUGUCUUGGCCAGCAAUGCAUCAUCUUAUUGGACUUUGGAUACCUGGAAAUGAAAGAAGUCGGUUUGUGACUGUCUAUUUGGGAACUGGAAUAGGAGCUGCCAUAGCAUUUCCAAUAUUUGGCUACAUCAUCAAAAUCUCAUCAUGGGAAUGGGUUUUUCACUUCUGUUUUAUAGUUGGAACUAUUUGGUAUAUUUUCUGGAUGUUUCUCGUUUUUGACAGUCCAGAAGUUCAUCCAAGAAUUGAUCCAGCUGAAAAAGAGUAUAUCAUUAAGUCAUUAGGUUCAUCAGUUUUUCGAGAAAAGGACAAACACGAAAGGAGAGAAAUUCCAUGGAAAGCGAUUUUAACAUCAAGAUGUACUUGGGUGACUGUUUUGGCAGAUCUUGGGAAUGUUUGGGGACUCUUUACAAUAUUGACACAAAGCCCAACAUAUUUCCGAUUCAUUCAUGGAUGGAGUAUUGAGAUGGUUGGAAUUUUGUCUGGAUUUCCUCAUUUGAUGAGAGUUUUGGCAUCGUUUGUGUUUUCGUCGAUUGGAGAUUAUUUGUUGACUGGGGAUAGAAUGUCUCGUGAACACGUUAGGAAGCUAGCAACCUUGUUCCAUUUAGUCUUAAGUGGAGCAGUUUGUCUAGGUAUUGCAUACUCUGGAUGCAAUUUUACACUCGCUGUGGCGUCAUUGACACUUUCGCUGGCACUUAAUGGUGCCAUAUCUGCCGGCUUACUAUCAGGAAUAAUUGAUAACAGUCCUAAUUAUUCUGGAGUCAUAUUGGGUGCUGUAGGAACAAUAUCGAUCAAUUCAGCACUAGUUUCUCCUAUGGUCGUAGGUUAUUUAACAUUUGAGAACCAAACUGUUAAAGCAUGGGAACAUAUUUUUGUGAUUACAUCCGUGAUUAUGAUGAUUACCGGACUUAUUUACAUUGUAUUUUAUGACGGAUCUCUUCAGCCAUGGAACAAUCCUGGUGCAUGCAAAUCUGAGGACAAAAACAUUAGGAAAAAACUUUUGGAAUUCAACGAAAAGUUCAAAAUUCCUCAGCAAUCUUCAAAUGAUCUAUAAUUUUCAGAUCAG